ACGACCUACAAAUGCGGCGAUCUUACUUGUAACGGAGUACAGCCAACACACACCUUUCCUUUCAUCUCAUAUCAUAUAUCAUUUCAUUUAAUUCAUUCUGUAAUAAUAAUUAUUAUGUCAUAUCAUAUUUUGUAAAAUCUUAGGAGUAUUUCAUAUUUUUUUCUCUCCCUUCCAAAUUCCUAAAUUUGGUCUUCGCCAUUUUCAAUUAGUACGUGAUUCCGCUGUUUUUCAGGGAUUUAUUUUCAGAACUUGUUAAUUAAUCAGUUUUGUUGCGGAGUAGAGGGAUAUGGGAGAGCAUUUGGUGUUGCAUGUAGAACGAUUGGUGAACCCUAGAAAUGCGCAAGAAUCAGAGGUUGCGUCUUCUUCGUCCUCGUGGAAUUCCGCGUUGGAGAAAAAAAGAGAAGGAAAUGAAGAUGAGCCAAUAGAGGGAGGUGAAGAUGAACCACUUAUUCAAAUUGCUGAAUGUCGAAUUUGCCAGGAAGAAGAGAGUGUUUCUGGCUUGGAAGUUCCCUGUGGUUGUAGUGGCAGCGUAAAGUAUGCACACAGAAAAUGUGUUCAACGUUGGUGCAAUGAGAAAGGAGACGUAACAUGUGAAAUAUGUCACCAGCCUUACCAAGGUGGUUACACUGCUCCUCCACCACCACCACCUUCUGAAGACACUGCAAUUGAUAUUGGUGGAGGCUGGACGAUUUCAGGCACUCCUUUGGACUUGCAUGAUCCUCGUCUUCUGGCCAUUGCUGAGGCAGAGCGACAAUUUCUGGAAGCUGAAUAUGAAGACUAUGCUGCAAGUAGUGCUAGUGGAGCUGCAUUUUGUCGUUCAGCAGCAUUGAUUAUGAUGGCACUUCUGCUCUUAAGGCAUGCAUGGACUGUACCAGAUUCUGAUGGUGAAGAUGAUAUGUCAGCCUUUUUCUCGCUUUUCUUACUCAGGGCAGCUGGAUUUCUUUUGCCAUGUUAUAUUAUGGCUUGGGCUAUCAGUAUUUUGCAGCGUAGGAGGCAACGCCAGGAGGCUGCAGCUUUGGCAGCUACCCAAGUUGCUUUUGUUCUUCAAUCAGGGCAGCGUAGGGGUUUACAAUUUAUGAUAGCUCCGCACUCUCCUACAUCUGCCGCCCAAGAAGCUGUUUGAUGCUCUGCUAUGACAAUACCUGCCAUCUUUGAAAGAAAACAGUGAUUGCACCACCUAGCAGUCUUGUUUAUUGCUUAAUUUUUCAAAACUUCAAUUCCACCCUUGUGAUUAUCUGCCAGUCGACGAAGUCCAGAAGCCCGAUAUUCUUUGCAAGAGCGUUUGUGGUUAACCUUCCGCUGCUGUAUAAAAAGGUCUUGAGCCGCUAAAGAAAUUCGUGCCUUCUGUGUUCUAUGCUUUUCAGACUCCAGCCCUUUAUUUUAUCGAGCAACGUCAUUUGCAAAGUCACAACUCACAACAAACACAACCAUAUGAAUAAUGUCGUUUUUGACUUGGACUAGGUAAAUUAGUAGGUAAAAAGUUUUUCAUGUAUAGAUUGAAAGACAUGUAAUAGCUCCAUCCUAAUAGUUUUGCUACAUUUACCAAUUGUGUUUGUCUCAAGGUAUUUGCUGUAAUUUUGUAUUUGGACGUGGGUUUAUACUUUAUAUUAUCAAAGAUCAUUUCAUCCAUAAACUCUUUAUCUUUUUCUUAACUUGAUUCGGUUGUUUAUUCUCGUCUUUUUCUUCCAUUUAUAAUUGAAUAGCCAUCUUGUCUUAUUCUUGUUCAACUGAAUUGCAAGUGAUCCAACUGGUUUGAUUGCAGUAUUUGCCUUCCAUCAAAUAAUAUUAACAAUGGCAUGUUGGGAAGUAUGAUUAGCCUUGCCACUUUCACUUCUUUGCUUUGUAUUGCUAUUUAUUUUACCUAUGGUGUGUUCUGGGACAUGUUUACAUGCAGGUCAUCCUCGAGCCGGCCGCAAUCUCUUUAUAUAAGGUACGUGUAUCCUAAUUCAAUCAUCCUCCUCAAAUCUUGUUCGUAGCUUUUAUAAAUGGGACAUACUGUGUAUGUUGAUAAUGAUGAUGAUGAUGUUAGGAAAUAUGAUUAUAUAUACAACAUACAGAGAAUAGCUUUUUGGAAACAUUAUAUUAAGUGUGUUAGAAUUGAUUCUUAACAAAGGGUAAAUGUUUAAAAUUACAUAUUCUGAAUUAACAUUUCAGUUAUGGUUUAGUUUUGGUACCUCCAAAAUGGACCAAAUUAUGACAAGCUAAAGCUAAAGUUGGCACUGAAUAUAUUCUUACCUGAUUUCCAUGGAUAAUAAACUUUUGUAAAAGCCAGGGAUCAACCUACUUUCGCAACAAUUAACCUAAUUAAUUCCUUAAUGUUACCGUCAACACUGUAACGUGAUUAACAAACAAUCUUUUUGCAUAUUUAACUUACUAACCCCUUCAAGAAGUUAGAAAGCCUCGGGUACA